AUAAAUAAUUUAUAUUACUUGAUGUUUUCCUUGAAGUUUAGGAUUCUUUUUUUGCGGAGCAAGUUUAGAAUUCUCAAACAUUUAUAAUUGUUUUUGUAAUUGAAUAAUGGUGAGAACAUACCGAAACGACGACGCAUCAAAAUGGGCUUUGUUUAACCGACACACGGACGAAGCGGUCAUUAUGACGUGAUCUUCUGCAUAUAAAUAGGAGUAAUGAUGUUGAUCAGCAUCAAAAAAGCGUUAUCUUUGCGCCCCCUUUGCCUUUGAGAGGUAGGCGAAGUUUCUUCCCUGUCCUUUUUAUUCGGAUUCAAUUGUGCUAAUCCUUGAAAACCCUAAUCCCUGAUUUUACAGUUGCGGAUUGGAAUCCGAUCGUGAUCAUGGCCAAGAGUUCCUUCAAGCUUGAACACCCCCUUGAAAGACGACAGGCGGAGGCUGCUCGUAUCAGGGAGAAGUAUCCUGAUAGAAUCCCGGUCAUUGUGGAGAAGGCUGAGAAAAGUGACAUCCCUGAUAUCGACAAGAAGAAGUAUUUGGUUCCUGCUGAUCUCACAGUUGGGCAAUUUGUCUAUGUUGUCCGAAAGAGGAUUAAGCUCAGUGCAGAGAAGGCCAUAUUUAUUUUUGUCAAGAAUGUUCUUCCACCCACUGCUGCUAUGAUGUCUGCUAUUUAUGAGGAGAACAAAGAUGAAGACGGCUUCCUCUACAUGACUUACAGUGGCGAGAAUGCUUUUGGAAGCUGCUGAAGUGGAAGAUAUGUUUACCUAAAGUACAUAUAUCUCAGACGAACUUGUAAAUAGCCCUCAGCUAUGCUCCGUCUAUGAAACAAUUUCCUAACUUGUUUUCUCCUGGACAUGAAUUGAUCUACUUAUUUCAAAUACAAUUUCCAGUUGCUUAAUAAGAUUUGUUUUCUCAGUGCUACAUCUGGUGAUUAAUUGUUUGCUUAUUUGUGUUAUAUAUUAUCUUAUUCUCCCCAAUGCUGAAAAGGGC